UACUAAAAAAGUAGCACUUUCAUCUCUCUUUGUUUGUGUAUUGUGUUUGUUGAAAUUCGUGUCAUAAGUCAAAAUCUCAAAAAACAAGACCAGAAAAGAUCGAUCAUUAAACAAGAAAAUUAAAAAAAAAAGAAAUAGAACAGUACCCUUUUCUGAUUUCAUUCUUCUGAAUCUCUGAUGCUGAAUCCAGAAUUCUUCCUUCCAUCCCUUUCUCCUCCUCUAAUGUAAUCCUCUUUUUCCUCAUUCUUUCCGUAUAUUUGCCAAUAGACAACAACAAGGACAUUGCUUGGCUGCUGCUCCAAAAUCAGAGGGACUAAAAGAUGAUGGGACGCUGCUGUUUUUGUUUGUUAUAGUGAGCAUAGGGAGAAGUCAGAAAUGUCUGAAGGGGAAUCCGAAGAAUUUGGUCAGCUUGAGAUUGAUCCAUCUGUCCGGCAAGUAUGUGCAAAUGGGAUUUGUAUGCAGACAACUGUAGUAGAAGCCAAGCUCGAUGAGGGCAAUAUUCAGGAGGCUGAAUCUGCCUUACGUGAAGGCUUAUCACUCAAUUUUGAGGAAGCAAGAGCUCUUCUUGGAAGGUUAGAAUAUCAAAGAGGAAAUGUUGAAGGUGCGCUACGGGUUUUCGAUGGUAUCGAUCUUCAGGCUGCUAUACAGAGGAUGCAACCUCAGGCUGAGAAGCCGCCUUCGAAGAAGGGCCGAUCUCGCUCUGAUUCUGUUCAUGCUGGCUCACAGCAUGCUGCAAGCCUUGUCCUUGAGGCUGUGUACUUAAAAGCAAAAUCUCUUCAAAAGCUUGGCAGAGUAAAUGAAGCUGCUCAGGAGUGUAAAAGUGUACUUGACGCAGUAGAGAAGAUAUUCUGUGAUGGCAUACCUGAUGUAUUAGUUGACAGUAAGUUGCAAGAAACAGUUAGCCAUGCAGUUGAGCUCCUUCCAGAGCUUUGGAAGCAAGCUGGAUGCAACUCUGAAGCAAUGUCUGCUUAUAGACGUGCUCUUCUCAGCCAGUGGAAUCUCGACAAUGACUGCUGUGCAAGGAUUCAGAAAGCAUUUGCUGUGUUUUUGCUAUAUAGCGGUGUAGAGUUUGGCCCACCCAGUUUAGCUGUACAAAUUGAUGGUUCCUACGUCCCGAGAAACAAUCUUGAAGAAGCAAUUUUGCUUUUCAUGAUUCUUAUGAGAAAGUUUUACAUUGGCAAGAUCAAAUGGGAUCCAUCAAUUAUAGAGCACCUUACUUUUGCACUAUCUUUAUGUGGCCAAACUUCUGUUUUAGCAAAGCAACUAGAAGAGAUCAUGCCAGGAGUAAUUCAUCGUACUGACCGCUGGAAAACAUUGGCACUCUGCCAUAGCGGAGCAGGACAAAAUGAUACUGCCCUAAAUCUCCUGAGAAAGUCUCUACACAAACAUGAAGAUCCAGAUGAUAUUUUUUCCUUGUUGUUGGCUGCAAAAAUUUGUAGUGAAGACACCUUUCUUGCAGCUGAGGGCGUGGAAUAUGCACAGAGGGCAAUUGCCAACUCUUCUGGACUGAAUGAACAUUUGAAAGGUGUAGGUUUCCGCGUGUUAGGUCUUUGUUUAGGAAAGCAAGCAAAAGUUUCUUCUUCAGAUUUUGAAAGAUCCCGUCUUCAGUCAGAAGCACUAAGAUCAUUAGCUAGCGCAACAGCUUUAGAGAAAGAAAACACUGAUCUGAUUCUUGAACUAGGAGUUCAAUAUGCAGAGCACCGAAAUCUCAAUGCAGCUUUGCGAUAUGCGAGGCGUUAUAUUGAUGCAACAGGAGGAUCUGUACUAAGAGGCUGGAGGCUGCUUGCUUUAGUUUUGUCUGCUCAACAGCGUUAUUCAGAGGCCGUGGUUGUUAUUGAUGCUGCUUUAGAUGAGACAGCAAAAUGGGAUCAAGGACCGCUGCUCAGGAUGAAAGCAAAGCUGCAAAUUUCCCAGUCCCUACAUACGGAUGCCAUUGAAACUUAUCGUUACCUGCUUGCAUUAGUCCAAGCUCAGAGGAAAUCUUAUGGACCUCUUAGAGUUUUUCCUCAGGUUGAGGAUGAUAAAGUAAACGAAUAUGAUGUUUGGCAUGGCCUGGCAAACUUAUACUCUAGUCUUUCACAUUGGAAGGAUGCAGAGAUUUGCUUGGGGAAAGCUAGAGCUCUUGUAGAGUUUUCAGCAGAUACGUUGCACGCUGAAGGUCUGAUGCUCGAAAGACGUGGAGAACUUCAUGAAGCUUUGAGUGCUUACACUAAUGCCCUUUUAUUGGAACCGAGUUAUGUACCUUGCAAGAUUCUGCUUGGAUCUUUGUUAUGUAAGAUGGGUCUUGAGAUGUUGCCAUUGGCUAGAACUCUACUCUCUGAUGCACUACGGAUUGAACCUACCAAUCGCACAGCCUGGUACCACUUGGGUUUGGUUCAUAGGGAUGAUGGUCGGAUGGCUGAUGCUGUAGACUGCUUCCAGGCAGCUUCCAUGCUUGAAGAAUCUGAUCCAGUUGAGAGCUUCACUUCCAUUCUAUGAUGAACCUUUCAUCAACAAAAGGUUCAGAUGUUCAUUCUUUCAUUCUUUUCCCCUAGCCCUGUGUAUAAGUUGUUGCACUACUGAGCAUUACUACUAUAUAGACCAAUGCUUAGGGAGAUUUUUUUGGGAAUAUUUUUUAUUCCACCUUUAUUAUUCCAGAUCUUGCUAUCUGUGUUGUCUAAAGAAGGAUAAUAAGAGGAGAUGUUUCCAUUUAAGUAAAAAAGAGAAACUUUUGUAUCAAA